AUGAUAGGGCAACAAUUCAGCUGCUACUACACAUGGUGCGACAAAAGUUUCAAUAGCAAAUAUAAUCUCAAACGACACAUUAAUGCGACUCAUAUCGGUAUUAAAAAAUUCAAUUGCGAUAUAUGCAAUAAAAAGUUAGUAAGCAAGCAAAACCUUACCGAACAUAUGUAUACGCAUACAGGGGAGAAGCCGUUUAGUUGCGAAGAGCCAGGGUGUGGAAAGAGCUAUCGACAAUCCUCACAAUUAAGCGUCCACAAAAAGGUUCAUAAAAGAAAUCAAAAGAAAGCAGGCUCAAGGAAAGUGAAAUCCAAAGAGAGUUCAGACGAUGAAGAGAGAGAGCAGGCUGUUCUAGAAGGUCUUGAGCUUCCUCCAAUUGAUUUUGAGAGUUAUUUGAGACAGCAAGAUAUUAAAUUGCCUAUUUAUCACUCACUGCUAAUAUAA